CAGCGCAGCGUAUAUAUGCUCGGAGCACAACGAAGUGCGUAAAAAAAUACGAAAGGAAAUACAUUACCAAAGGCCCAUUAAACGCCUCUGGUUGUGUAGAGCUUCACUGCGAUCCAUCACUAUACUUCGCCGUUGUUUUUCUAAAUACCUUUUUUUUGUUUUUUCAUUCCUUCCUCGCUUUUUCCCGAGUUCGCUCGAGUCCCGACUGCCGACUUCAUCGCUUCCUUUUUUUUUUUUCAUUGUCGCAGGCGGGGCUGACCGUCACCAUGUCGUCGUCGGCGCACGCCGUGGACCAGGCGACGCUGGACAGCAUCGCCCGGAACCGCAACCGGCUUCUCCGGCUCGCCGACAACAUCAAGGUGCGUAAGAAGCCCGGCUCCAAGCGGGGCGCCAUCGACCUGCGGCUGGACCCCGGCUACACCAACAUCGAGCACCUCGUGUUCGGCACGUACCGGCCGCGAACGUCCAUGCCGGCUGCCGGGAACGCUGACCCGCCGUUGCCGCAACCAUCGCAGCCCCAGCAGCAGCAGCAGCAGCAGCCCACGGCGGCGGCGCCGCACUUGCCGCCGGAGCCGGUGCCCGUGCUGCUGUCCACACCUCCGCCCACGCGCUGCGAGUGCAGCGCCCACAGCCCCCGGCGGCGCGUUCCGCCCUUUGGCGAGCAGCAGGGAGCCGCAGCGUCGGAUGACGCCUGCCCCGCUGCCGCGGACCACCGAGCCAGCCGCACGGAACGGCCACCGGCGGCCGGUCAUGCGUGGCCCGCGCCGGGAUCGUCAACCGGAGGCGCCCAACAGAACGCACCAGCCGCUGCUGCGGCGGUGAGCGACGCGUCUCACACGCACGGCGACAUGUCGCGGGUGCUGCCGCAGCCUGCCGCCGCGGGAUGCGUCGACGCCGGCCGCAGAAGCAACUCCAAGAGGGUCGCCCGGUCCGGCUCCCUGCAGGCACGAGCGACGUCGUACUGCAGGCACGAGUGUGAGACGAAGCCGCCGCUGUCCUCGUCGCUGUCGUCGCACCCACCGGGAAAGGCGGAGGAGGCCAAGGUCAUCCAGGUCGACCUGCAGGCGGCGUCGAGACCCAGGCUUCGCGAGCCGCCCGUCGUCUACUCGCUGCACCCCACGAGCGGGGACUUUGCCGCGCGCGAACUGAGAGUGGUGAGUACGAGUGGUACGUCGCAGCAUUCGGCAAUACCGAAGCCGAGGACUCGCAAAAUGCCAGUCGGGAGCGGCGGCCAACAGGAGGAUGUGCGCUCGCACGUCGUCGUCGACGCCCGCGCGAGGAGAGCGCCGCAGCAGCAGCCGAUCGUCGUUGCGCCUGCGACCAGACGCCAGCCGCCGCCGAGGUCUCAUUCGAUAAAUUCGCGAGACGUGCACGUCCAGCCGUCGUCGUCGUCGUCAUUGGUGUUCAGAAAAGCGGCCUCGGUGUCCGAGAAGAUGCCCGUCAAACCCGUCACGAUCCCCGUGAUUCGAAACUCGUCCAUUCAUCGGUGGUCGACAGGUCCGAAAGCUUCGCAAAUGACUUUGCCCCGGACUCGGCCCAAGGCGUCCGAAGAGCGCUCGAAGCCAGCCAAGAAUGGCGUCAAGUUCGCGGAACCGCUGCAGGAGUGCAGCAACGCGGUCUCUUCUCCCGUUCGCGUGUCCACCGUGCUGCUCAACGGAACAAAGGGUUGUGAUGGCAGAGUUACUUCUGGAGUGAAUGGUCCUGGUCGGGACUCCGCCGUAAGUGCCGUUACAGUGGCGCCGCCGCCUCCGUGCUGCAGGCCACCGACGCUACCGCCCAAGAGUUCUCAGGAACCCGUGCCCGAAAUCGUGCCAAAACCGAGACAGCCCGUGGUCUCCCGACGGCAGGUUCCCCCUCCGCCGUGCCAGAACACCAAUCUUAACGGGGACCGAGCUACGCUUCUCAACGGUUCCACCUCUGCCAAGUUGCCUUCCACUGCUUGCACGUUCUCCCCGAAGCCCGUGCCACGAAAGGACGUGAGACCGGCGGACGUGCUCCCGCUAUCUCCUUGGCGAGGCGUACAGUCGAGGCCUCCUCCUCCGCCGACCGGCGACCCCGUCGUGGACGCCUUGUUGUUGGCCAACACGUGCAUCUCGCCUCCCGGCAUGUUCAAGGACCGCGACAUCACCGACCAGUCUGGUUUCAAAGCCCCACCGCCGCCGCAACUGACGGAAUCGACGCUGUCCCGGUGGGUUGGCAACACUAGCCGCGAGUCCGCGAGGCUUCUCAACGAACUCGCCAUGUUCGCGGAGUCCAAGCUGCCCGGUCGGCUGACGAACGAACCGCAGUCCAGGAGCGGACUAGCGAUCGGCGCGGCCGAGACCUGGUUCGACAGCCUGCGCAAGGACACGUGCGAGGAGCCCGUGGCGGCGGCGCUCCAGUCGCCGGUGCGCGAGGUUCGCGACAGCACCUCGCACCUGCUGCCUUCGGCGUGUGGCGUCGCCGCGAGAACCGCGCCGUCGCAAAGUUCCGCCUGUCCCGGCAGCCUGUCGGUUGGCAGGGCCUCCAACGGCAAAGUGAUGGUCACCAUGCGGUCGCAUUCCACGGAGGACGCGGCGGAAGUCGGUUCGGACGAUGUUCGCGCCUCGCCGCGGGUCCGAAAGUCAAACUCCGCCGCCGGUCUCGCUGGGGAGUCGACACCCAAUGGCUCUCCCGCAACGUACCGGUCACCGAGGCUGAUUAACGGCGGAUGUUCUUCUCCGGCUCACGCGCAGUUGUACGUUCACCAGGGCUCGCCUCUUCUGCAACGCCACCAGCAGCAACAGCAGCCGCAUCACCCUCAACCCGCGGGUUUCUCGCCGACGCGGUCGCCGUACCGCAGAAAGAGCACCGGUCAGCCGCCGGUCGCAAUAUCGCCCAAGGUGUGGAUGUCGGACAUUGAGGAGCGGGACGAGAACUCUUCCUCUAGCGCUGCGAGCAGGGUCCCCGCUGAGCAAUAUGAGGACCUGGACUGUACGUUGAUGCAGUCGUCACAGUCCUCCUCCUCGUCGUCUACGUCGUCUAGCAGCACCAUCUCCGAAAGCAACGGGGUGAGUGUCGUUGUGCGCGUGACCAGCUGGGACCAGAGGUCGUCGUCCGCGCCUUCGUUGCCCACGGUGGGUCCGCAGUCGCCCACCAGGUCGUCGUCGCUUUCGGCUGAAAGUCGUUGCUUCGCGGUGAACGGUAACGUCACAAACGGUUAUCUCUGGAUGCCCAAGUCAUUCUCCGAGUGCAACGGUUCAUUGGACUGCGACGCACUGCUGCACCAUAAGGACCUGAGCGGAUCCAUUCCCGAGAGCUGUGCGCCCACCGGCGACGUCUGUGCCCCCGCCGCCCCCUCGGAGCGGAGGUCUCCGCCCCCACCUGUUGGCCGCCGGGCAUCGGCCGAUGGCCUCGGCGGCUGCAAUCCCCCGACGUCCCCUUCACGGACCGUGCCUCCGCAGCUGUCGUCGCAACAUGCGGCGCCAAGCGACGCCGAGGCAUCACAGGUCGGCGGCAGCAGUAGCCGCCGCAAUAGCCGCUGUUCCCUGCCGUCGCUGCCUUCGGCACCCGCGCCUUCGGCGAACAAAUGCCUGCUGCUCGGCCGGCCGGGGAAGUUGAUCCGUGACCGGCCCAUCUCGCGCUCCGAGCGCCACCUGAAGGCAGCCAGCACGCCCGAGUUUCACAGCGGCAGCACCGAGGACGUCUGCUGCAGGAAUGUGCGCCGGCCCUGGUCCCAGCUGUACAGCGACGCGGAGGCCGAACAGCUGUUCGCCGCGGUGGGCAGCAUGUCCAGCCUGCACCCGCAUCACGAGCGACAGCAGCACCCGUCCUCGCCCCCGGACGGCCACCAAGGGCUGCCGCCGCGCUACUCCUCCCUACGGGCCUCGAGCCCGCGGCUCAUCGCCGACAGCGUGCUGCAAAAGUUCCGCAAGACGUUCUCGCUCCGCUUCCAGCGGAACCGCAAGGGCUCCACCACCUCCCUGCCGGCCGUCUCGUCGGCGCCGUGCUCGGCGCCCGCGGAGCCCGCGUCGCAGCUGGCCAACGGCGGCCACGGCAGCGACGACGACGGCGGCUGGCCGUGCGGAUGGCAGGCGACGCCGGCGUCGCAUCCGCCCGCCGCCGCUGCUGCCGCGCCGACGAGAGUGGACGACGAAGAAGGAGAGGGCGGCUUCCGCCCGGGUCCCGCCAUUCUGCGGUGUUCGCGCGAGGAGCGUCGCCUGCAUCGCAAGAACCGCGAGCUGCGCGGCUCCAAGUGUAGCAGCGCCGAUAGUGGGAUCCAGCUGGAGGCCCCCGGAGGAACGGUCGCCGACCAGCAGCUGUCCGAGGCUGAUUCCACAGAUGACAGCAGCCAAGCCAGCAUUCAGAGGAAGGCCGAAAGCAUAUCGGCAGUGAUCACAAUAAAUGGCGUCACCUGCUCAGGUCGUCAGGAGUCAUACUCUAGUCUUUCACAAGCCAGGGCCGAAGCUGAAUCCACUCUGUGUGAUGACAAUCAGCUCCCAAGCUCCCCGCACUCCGGCUUUAAUGUGCCACCAUACACACACAAACCACCUUCCUUCGACAGGCAAUUUUCAACACCACCACCAAUCAAGACAAGGAUUGAGCGAAGCCGCCCCACACUGCGCCGGCAAAAAGGUCGGGGUGCUCUUCGGAGGUCUAUCAGCCAGCCACUGGACCUUGAAAAGUCGGAUAAAAAUGACUUGGCACAGAAGGAGCAGCUUUCUCACGGCUUGUCAGACCAAGAAGCCUCAAGGAACCCCAGCACAGCUUCUUCAGAGGAGGAUUUCUCGUCUGAUGGAGAGUCCUAUUCCCAAAUUCCCAAGGAUUAUGAAGGUGUCACAUAUGUUGAGGCACUUUGGGACCAUGUGACCCUAGACUCAGAGGAACUGGCCUUCCAAGCCGGCGAGGUGAUUGAAGUGACCGACAUGUCUGACAAGGACUGGUGGUGGGGAUCAGUCGACCAGCGGAAUGGCUGGUUCCCAGCAGCAUUUGUUCGAUUACGAGUUGGCCAGGAGGACACGGUGGAGGAUUGCAUCACCAAGAUGGCGGAUGGCACACUCACACAACACAAGCCCCGCAAAAUGAGUAUUGGCUUAUUGAGUAAUGAGGAGGUGCGUGCCAAGGUUGUCAUGGAGAUAGUCAACACUGAGAGAGACUUUGUACGGCACUUGAAGGAUGUUGUUCAGGGCUACCUGGCACAAGUCCGACGGAGGCCUGACAUGUUCUCUGAAGAGCGUCGUGCCACCAUCUUCGGAAACAUUGAGCAGCUGUACGAAUUUCAGAGCAGCUUCCUGAAGCACCUCGAGUCAGCCGUCGAUUGGGAGCGGCCACAUCUAAGUCAGAUCGGAUCUGUCUUUCUAGAGCAUAAGCAGGAAUUUAGGAUCUACUCGGAGUACUGCAACAACCACCCACUGGCUGUCAGUGAACUUCAGGAACUCUACGCUGACUCCAAAUAUGUCCAUUUCUUUGAGGCAUGCCGCCUGCUACAAGAUAUGAUUGACAUCUCGCUGGAUGGGUUUCUGCUGACGCCAGUGCAAAAGAUCUGCAAGUACCCGCUGCAGCUGGCUGAACUGCUGAAGUACACACGUCCCGAGCAUGCCGACUACCACGCUGUGCGGGAAGCCCUGGCAGCCAUGAAGGGCGUCGCCCAAAUGGUCAACGAGCGCAAACGCCGUAUGGAGUGUCUUGAAAAGCUUGCGGAGUGGCAGAGCGGCGUUUUCAACUGGGAGGGUCCCGACCUGUUGGACACCAGCUCCAUGCUUGUCCACUCGGGUGAGGCAGUCCGAGUGUCAUCAGUAUGGUCCAGGGAUGUGGUCAGCUUGUUUUUGUUUGACAACCAAUUGGUGUACUGCAAGAAGGACAUGAUAAAGAGGAAUACGUUGUCAUACAAGGGCAGACUGAACAUGAACUCUUGCUGUGUUGUGGAUGUUGAGAAUGGCAAAGAUUCACAGUUUGGCACGACUGUGAGGAAUGCCUGGAAGAUAUAUUGCACCACCAGGGAGAAGUGGUACCUGUUCUUUACGAAGACCGCUGCUGAGAAGGAAAAGUGGCUACAGGCAUUCCAAGCUGAAAGGCAAAGGGUGCGUGAUGACCGGGAGCAAGGCUAUGUUGUGACCGAGAGUGCAAAGAAGUCUGCGAAGAUGGCACUCAACAACAAGCUCAAGCCAAAACGUCCAAGAGCAAAACUUCCCAAGGGACCACGGUCCCAGCAUCCCGAUGUUGCAGUCGUGGAGAUCCUUCUUGACCCACCUGGCCCAAAGCCCCGAACUGGAAGCUUGCCGUCAACUCUGCAUACCAGCCAUCACACAGUUUCAGCCAACGGCUUGCCAAAAAAGAAGGGCUCAGGCUGGUUUCAUUUUGGAAGUGGCAAGAAAGUGAAAAAGUAGGGUGUGUGUGUGAAUGUUGAUAAGAACACUCAUAACUUUUUGAAUACAAAUCGAAUACUAAUAAUGAGGAAAGUAAAUGAGUUUAAGAUUGGGGCGGGGGGGGGAUUUAGGUAUUGAGUAUUUGUAAUUGUCCUCGAGAAGUGGAGAAAGAGUGAAAACUGAAGUUCGGCUGAACGAAAUUGCAUUUGUCAACUUUUUCAAUGUUGUUUGACUGACAAAGGUUUGUCAGUGAUGCCACACUAAACUAAACAUUGUGCGACUUGUGUCAAUAGUAACCAUUCACUGCAAUCUUAACUACACAAAUUUACAAUUGUUAACUGCACUGACGAAGUUUAUAUCCGCGACCUAGCUGUUUAUAUGUUUAUCGUAUUUUAUUUAUUAUUUUAUUUAUAAUGGACUGUAGGCUCUAGGCUCAAGUUAUGCUUGAAGUAAGUGGAAAUUGUGGAUUCAAUGCAUGUGACAAUGCUGGUGAUACAUGACACACAAAUUUACAUGUCAGGGUCUUUCACAACAACAUGCAGCAGCACUGCAGUCAUGCAUGUCUUAAUUGCACUGAUGUCUCAGAAGUGUGUCGUGGUUAAUAAUUAAUAAAUCUAGGCGUGCGAAAGUUCAUUCACUGAUGCAAUUUGUAAUUUAUAAAUCUGUAAUUUGUUCUUUUAGGUUUUCGUUCGCAGACAGGGACAAACUAGUAGUCCAUUGUGCACUAAUUAUUCAAUGAUAGCAUCAUCUGCUACCUUGUUUCUCUUGUUACGGGCUGUAAAGUGCAAUAAAGCAGCUAGAAUUGUUGUGUAAUAGCCUGUUUCUAGGUGUGUUAACAAUACUGAAUGCUUACACUUCGGAUUAGCAUUAUGGGAUAUUUUCAUUUCACUUAUAUGUACAUAUAUGUGCAGAUGUUAAUUGAUCACUGCACUGUGUACACAUUGAAGGGUGUUGACUACAGAAAUUUCACAUAUAUGGAAGAAUGCACAAAAACUUGGAAAGGCAUUGUAAAUUGUAAGACAAGAAAAGCGAAUUAAGAACUUUGAAACUUAUGUGAGGAUACCGUGUAAACACGAAAAAAAGAAAAGCACUUUCUCUUCUGUUCUGUGCUAGAAAAUAAUUGAAGCAUUUUCUAUCUAUACCAGUGUAAUUUGUCUCUUUAAAUUGGUUACUCUGAUUGGUGGCAACUACAAUGUUGUCAAACCAUUGGCAACACGUCCACAUUAAUGUAUUCAAUGAACUAACUCUUGCACAUGUUUAUCAAGUCAAUCUCUGUUAGAAACAAAGACAGGAUAUCCUGCAAUGAAUAAUGUCACUCUAGUUUACUGAUAAUAUAGAAGGCACUCGAUGCUCAAUGAAUAUGGGCCGAUGUGCCCAGAAUAAACGAAUCCAUAAAAAAAUAUUUCGUGUCUCCACAUACUCAGGGCUUUGAGAAACACGUUGGACUUUUGAGUUAUCAUUGCUUUGAAUAGUAAACGAGUGGGUGGUUUACUGCCAGCGAUGUUGUGGCGCAUGUUGAAACUUUGGAACGCAGCUUUGAGCACCUUGUGAUUCGUUAUUGAUGGUGCUAUUGCUAGAAACUGUUUCCAUGGCGCCGAUCAUUUAUUCCUCGCAAUCAGAGGCAGCUUACCAUCAGCACUGUUUCCCUUCAUUGCAAAGCGAAACAAAGGCAGUCCAAGUACAGGUGGAAAAAGUGGGCAUAAAUGCAAAUGUCAAACCAAACAGUGUUUGAUGUUUGCAUACCAACACUUGAUGUGACUGCGUGUAACAUUGUCACACUGACUAGCCUAGUUCAUAUUGUUGACCAAGUUGUGGUGUUUAGUAUGUGUGCUUGUGGAAUACCGACUCAUGUCUGAUAUUCGAUUUGUAUUCAAAACCUCGGGAGUAUUUACUGCUCACCCUUGCCAAAAGUGACACCCACUUCUCCUGUCAUGCCAUCAACUGUCAGGUGCACCAUUACACCCAGUGCGCGGUGCAUUGGACACCACUGCAGCUUCUUAUUUAUAUUGCUUUUCAUUUUUAUUUUGCAGGAAGGUAGGAGUGACUUGUAACUAUAUUGUAAUUUGCUUUCGUACAUGCACACUGUUGAGGUGUGGUGUAAGUCUGCGGCAUAUUUAUUGUACGAUCAAACUAUGCAGAUCUGUUUGCCAGCGAUGACAGUGUCUCCAUUAAGAGGAAACAGCACUUGUUGAAGUGCCCGAACCUUGCAGCCGUGAGACUCGAACAUUUUUCAUUUUUGGUACUGCCGCUGACGAAGGAUCUAGUGUUUACACUAACUUUUGCGAUAAUCAUUUUCAACAGUUUAAUCCUGCCAAUCCAGGGACUGUGAGGGGACCGAAAGACAUGUAACUUGGCAAUGGCCAGUCUGCCUUGCAGAUUGCUGUCGCCUUGUUGCUCUGUGGCCAAUCGAAGUGGACUUCCAAAAUUAUGGGGUCUGCAUGAUUGGAGUAACAGCGAUAUAAGAUGUCUGCUCACACAGGAGGACUUGUAUUAGUCAAGGUGCUGUCCCCUGGUAGUGUUGUGCGCGGCUUUGCUCGACCAGCUGUUGCUGUAAAUCUUUUACUGCCUGUCUGUCGUGCCCCCUGCACUGUUCAAUCGCAGGUAUAUGACCUUGUAUACUUUGCCACGAUUGUCGCUUGGGAGGCAAUAACCCCGUCACAGCGUUGGCAUCUGUAGCAACAAGAACGUUGUCUUUCCUCGUGCACACGCUCGAGAUGUUGCGUGUGCUCUUCAGUUGACAUUGCUGCCCACUCGCUUCCCUACUGUUUGGUGUGACAAUAUCCCACUGUGCCGAACUUAAGAAAAUCAAGGCCUGUCAUGUGGCAGCACUCACCGGUUCGUCCUUCUGGCGUUUCGUCGCUUGCAUCGCACAGACUCGCUGUGUGAGCGCUCUAUGCAUUGGUUUGCCUGUGGUAAAGAAGUGACAGAUUUUUAGCUCUCUGGAAUAAACUCUCUGUGUGUAUUCACGGGCACUCGUGCUAAUACUGUCAGUUUGUUACAUGUGCUUCAGUCAUUCUACCCAUUUUCGCUGGCUACUCUCACAUGGUGGCCCCCUUCUUGUUGUUUAAAGAGUUUUAUGUAUAUAACUGCUUGCGUGGCAAAUCCUGAAUGUUCUUGUAUAACGGCCUAGUCUAGAUGAAACAGCCAAGGCAGUGCAUCUUGUUUAUUGCAUAAUAACUGUGAACACACACACACUCAGGCUACUUUAUUUGUUUGCGUACUGAUCACAAAUGUAUAAAGAAAAGAAGAAGAAAGAGAGGCAUUGUUGUUGCUGGCGUAGUGAAAGUCUGAGACAUUUUUAUGUACAGGUUACAACUCACUCACGGGUUUCCACAGUCUGUAACAUUGUUGCAUCCAGGUGUUGUCUAUAGGUGGUUGUAAAGAGUUUUUCCUGCAUAUAUGUAAAUGUCAUGUUACCUUACUGAGACAAUGACUUUCAUUGCAUCGGCGUGCUGCUGUGUGAGAUGAAGCGCACCUCCCAUCUGUUUUCUUUUUUUUUUGGAAGCGUUGCCAAUCUAGACCAAUCUCGUGGAUUGUUAACAGCGGGUCGGAACUUGUUCAGAUGUGUUCUCACCUUCUCUGAAUGGCACAAUCUCUCGUGUGUAUAACGUCUUCCAAUGACGGGCACCUGGGGCAGCCCCAGAACAGCUAGUCUACGGCAGGAGGGGGGGAACGGGACAUUGGGCACCUGAGUCAUGGCACAGCACAGAUGUCCCCAAGCCUAAAGCCCCUAUUGUGUCAGACUCUGUGUGUGUGUGUGUGCGUGCAUGUGUAUAAUUUGGGCCUUUUGUAAAAUAUGUGCCUGUAUAUUUUAAAUGUGUACAUACUUUUAUAUGUUUCCACCAUCUCUAGCAUGUUGCAGAGUGUUUAUGCAUGGAAUAAAUAUAUGUUUACAUUUAUGCA